UUUAUUCCUCCUCUAAAAGUCUUCUGCUUUGUUCGUAGGCGGCAACAAAAUAAAGCAUAUAUUCCUAACCUCACUUCCCUGACAUUUCUUCCUUUUCUUCUUCUGAAUCCAAAGCAGACGGAGUCCAUAGUUUUUCACUCUCACCACCCUAUUUAAUUCUCUCUUUUGUCCUCUGUUUUCUCUCAUAUUUACCGGCCUUGCGUUGAACAACAAGGGAGGAGUAGAUGUUGCCAUGGGGAACCUCUUGUCACUUUUCAAGAGCAAGCAGAACAGCCCUGCGGUUUCUAGAAGUAUCUCCGGUGGCAACGCCGGCAGAAACCACAGUGUCACUGGUAGAACGCCGUCGUAUGAUCCCGGGAUGUUCGGGAAACCGAACAUAAAUGAUACGAGACCUAGCAAAGCACAGAGUGGUACGGAGAAGCAGCUCUCUACCCAGAAGCAGAAGUACGCUUAUAUCCCUGAUAACUUCACAUCCCUUCAACAGGUUACAGAUGCCUUGAGAAAAGAAGGUUUAGAGUCAUCUAAUCUCAUCGUCGGAAUUGACUUCACCAAGAGCAACGAGUGGACAGGCAAAGUUUCAUUCAGAAACCGGAGCCUGCACGCCAUUGGCGAUGAACCUAAUCCAUACGAGAAAGCUAUCUCCAUAAUUGGAAAAACUUUAUCUCCAUUUGAUGAAGACAACCUCAUUCCUUGUUUCGGCUUUGGUGAUGCUACCACUCAUGAUCAAGAGGUGUUUAGCUUUCACAAUGAUCAUUCGCCCUGCCAUGGUUUCGAAGAAGUCUUGGCCUGCUACAAAAAAAUAGUUCCAAAUUUGCAUCUUUCGGGGCCAACAUCUUAUGGACCUGUAGUUGAAGCUGCAAUGGAUAUUGUGGAGAAAAGUGGAGGGCAAUUCCAUGUUUUAGUUAUCAUUGCAGAUGGCCAGGUCACUAGAAGUAUCGAUACUAGCGACAAUGAAUUGAGUCCACAGGAGGAGAAGACGAUCAGAUCAAUUGCAGAUGCAAGUUUCUAUCCGCUCUCGAUUGUUCUUGUUGGAGUCGGGGAUGGUCCUUGGGAAGACAUGAGGAAGUUCGAUGACAAGCUCCCUUCACGCGAAUUUGAUAAUUUUCAGUUCGUUAACUUCACCGAAAUUAUGUCUAAACACACAACUUCAUCCGAGAAAGAAGCUGCAUUUGCUCUGGCUGCCCUCAUGGAAAUCCCAAUCCAGUAUAAGGCAGCUGUUGAGUUCGGUAUACUUGGACGUACGACAGGGAAAAAGAAGAGAAUCGUUCCACGCCCUCCACCAGUUCCUUACACCCAUCGUGCACCAACUCGCGAACCAAGUGGUCUUUCAGCACCUGCAGGGGAUGAACGAAGCGAGAUGCUCUGUCCAGUCUGCCUAACUAAUGUAAAGGACAUUGCCUUUGGUUGCGGACACAUGUCGUGCAGAGACUGUGCACCGAGAUUGUCCGACUGUCCAAUUUGCCGCCAGCCAAUUCGCAGCCGUCUCAGGGUUUUCACUGGAUAACCGCACAAAGGGAUUCGUGUGUAUAUCAGAUUGUGCAUAUAACUUUUUGAGAUUGUCUGCCUUCUGUCAGCGACACCCAGGUAUCGAAUUGCGCCAGAUUGUACAGUCCUGCUUUCUAACUCUAAUGUGUAAUGCUGCUUCUACUUUUAAUCAUCUGUAAGAUGUUUGGUUGCUUAAAAUCACUACAACUGGUGAGUUGUGCUUC